UUCUCUCUCAUUCUGUGUUUAGAAAUCUGAAACUUUUACAUUACAAACAAUGAUAUUACACAGAAAUAGCUCUCUCUCUCUCUCUAGAACCCACUUUCUCUCUCCUCUUCCACCUAAAAAAAUUUACAAUGUUUUGAAUCUUUCACUCCAUGAAUUUUAGUUUCAUCCUAUUUCCCGGUGAAUGGGUUGCAUGCUCUCUCAUUUGGCCUCCAAAUUCGCCUUCUUUCCGCCGUCGCCACCGACUUACCAGAUCAGAAAGCGUGACGGCGACAGCGACGGCGACGCCCGCCUUACGGUGGUUCCGAAGGCGGCGGGAGCGCCGGUGGAUGACAGUUUGCUGGAUGUUUUGAUGAUCGAUACUAAACGUGGGAAUAAGAUUGUGGGGUUUUAUUUAAGGAAUCCAUGUGCGAGGCUUACUCUGCUUUAUUCCCAUGGCAAUGCGGCGGACCUCGGCCAGCUUUAUGAUCUCUUCCUUCAGCUUAAAGUUAAUCUCCGAGUUAAUCUCAUGGGAUAUGACUACUCUGGCUAUGGAGCUUCAACUGGUAAGCCUAGCGAAUUGAAUACGUACGCUGACAUCGAAGCGGUUUACGAGUGCCUUGAAACUGAGUAUGGAGUGAGCCAAGAAGACUUGAUCUUGUAUGGGCAGUCUGUUGGAAGUGGACCAACAUUGCAUUUGGCUUCUAAGUUGCCGAGGCUAAGGGGCGUCGUCCUGCAUAGUGCAAUUCUUUCGGGUUUACGUGUUCUAUGCCAUGUGAAAUUCUCCUUUUGCUUUGACAUUUAUAAGAACAUCAACAAAAUCAAGAAGGUGAAGUGCCCUGUGCUUGUGAUACAUGGCACAGAAGAUGAUGUUGUGAACUGGCUCCAUGGAAAUGGAUUAUGGAAAAAGUCAAGAGAACCAUAUGAUCCUCUAUGGAUAAAAGGAGGAGGGCACUGCAACUUGGAGCUUUAUCCAGACUACAUCCGCCAUCUUUGCAAAUUCAUCCAAGAAAUGGAGAACAUGACGACGAAGAUUCGCCUCAAGAGGAUUCGACAGACGCUCGAGCUACAAACAAGAUCCUGUUGCUGUUCGGGUUCUUGUGAUGGAUGCUGCUGCAGGCUGAAAUGCUGUCAGCCAAAAUGUCCGAGACCAAGCUGCGCAAGUUGCUGCUCGAUACGCUUGAAGUGCCCCAAAUGCCCCACAUGCCCAAAGUGCCCGACGCCCGGAUGCUGCUUCAGCUGCCCCUCCAUCUCCAGCUGCUUUGCUUGGAUGUGCUGCAAUUGCACCAGUUGUUUUCAAUGGAGAUGCAGCAACUGCUGCAGCAGCUGUUUCCAAUGGAGGUGCUGUUGUGGAAGAGGUUCCUCCAAUGGGUAAGAGAUUGUAUAGAAUGCAGCGCUCGCUAACACCCAUUUUCUAAAAUUGUGCAGUAGUUUAUAGAACAAGAGAAGUUAUUUUUAUCAGAUAAAUUCUUUGGGGGAAAGAAGGUUUUAUUUAAUGAUAUUAUUCCUUUCAAGUUCUAUUUUUAGAA